CAUAAAAUUCCACGUUUCGAUUAUUUACAUUUACCGUGUCACUAUGGAAAGCUAGUGAUUUGUACGAGAUUCGAGAUAAUAUAUUUCGUAAAGAUUAGGUUGAUCGUGGUUGUGUCGUCGUGUAAAUAUUCUUCUCGAAAAUUACCGUUUUAAAAGCGUAGUAUUAAUAUGUUAUAAGGCUCAAUUAGUUCCUGAAUAAGAUAUAAACAUGAAGUUUUUAUUUAAUUUAUUAGUUUUAUCAUUCUGUUCCGUCCUAAUCUGCCACAGCGGAUUAAGGUACACUUUAGCUAAAGAAGAUGAAAUAGAAGACGAAGUAGUUGACGUAGAAAACGAAGAAGUAUCGCCAGAAGUAGCACAAGGCGCAGAGGAGCCGGAAAAUGUCGAUGUUAAGGAUACAGGAUCAGUAAACGCUAAUUUAUUUUUACUAUUUACCAAACCAACAUUCCCUUCUUUAUCAAAUAUCGAAUUACCUGCUGGCAAACAAGUCGAAUUUUUAGUCGGUUUCUCGAAUAAAGGCAGCUUAGAUUUUACUAUCGAAACAUUAGACGCUUCGUUCAGAUUUCCUAGAGAUUUUUCAUACCAUAUUCAAAACUUCACGACAAUUCAGUACGAGAAGAAAGUCAAACCAGGAUAUCAGGCUACUCUGUCGUAUUCAUUCGUGCCAGCUGAUUCAUUCGCCGGCCGACCAUUCGGUCUUAGUAUUAAUUUAGCGUACAGAGACGAAUUCGGAACUCAAUUUUACGAAAAAGUGUACAACGACACGGUCAACAUCAUCGAAGUAGAAGAAGGUUUAGAUGGUGAAACAUUCUUCUUGUACGUAUUCUUAUGCGCUGGUGUACUCCUACUGUUGGUCAUCGGUCAACAUUUCUUGUAUUCGGUGGGUAAGAAACGCGUCGGCGGAGGAAGUAAAAAGAAUCUUCAGCUGGAAACAGGCACGAAAAACAAAAACGAUAUCGAUUACGACUGGAUUCCAAAUCAUCUAAAAACUUUCAAUAAAUCUCCUAAAGUAGCUAAAAACAAAUCGCCUAUUUCGAAAGCGAGAAAAGCCAAGAGAACUGCAGGAUUCGACGACUGAAGAACGCGAACUACCACGAUUUUUGGAAUCAGAUGAAAGAAUAAUACUGAUGAGAAGCAAUGCAAUCGACAAAAAAAAGAAACAACUGUGUAUACAAUUUUUUUUUGUUGUAAUUAUGUUUUAUAUUGUAUAUUAUUUUUGAAUUCAGAAAUUUUUAGCUUGAUGUGAGUAUUUGAGUUUUUUGUUCGAUUAAACUAUUAGGUAUUGUUUUGUUCGUUGUAUAUACGUAAGAUCUUUUUUAAAAUUAUUAUUGUUAUUUUAUAAAAUUGUAUCAACUACCAAUCGACAAUUAAGGUAGUCUAGUAUUUUCCCAAUGUUAAAACGAAAUCUUUUUAUAAGAAAUAUAGAGUAAGAAUUUAUCAAAUUGUACCGUUGACAUUUUUCAAUCAAAAAAGACAGACCGAAAUUAAAUGUAGUGAAAAUUGUCCUAGUGUAAUCUUUUUCGGGACGUUGUCAAAAAACCGGUUUCUUGAUCUCAUUAGAGAUUUAUAUAUUUAAAAUGAUUUCGGUCUUUAUUAUAACACGUAUGUCAAUAAAUGACUGAAAUAAUUAUUAACGAGAUGAAAGAUAAUUUACGUCUUCUGGUCUGUCUUUUAUUCCCUACUUUUGUAAAAAAAAUUCCAAUUAUGAAUAGAAUAUUGCAAGCGGGACUUCGAAUUUGUACUCUUAGUAUUUAGAAAAAACAAGGCUCAAAAGUAAAUUUUGUUGAUUAUUAAUAAAAUUAUCAUGUUCUGAA